AUGCUCUCCAUCCAGAGGAAGCCGAAGAUCUCGGCUUCUAGGAAGCUGAUGCUCAAGAGUCUGAUGGUGGCAAAAGCCAAGGAGGAACUGGAGCAGGAGGUUGUGGUUAAAGAGGAGGAGAAACAGAACUACCUGUCAGAGAGAGCUCCUCCGUUAAACACCAGCGGCCUGAGCCUGGCACAGCUACAGGACCUCUGCAGAGAGCUCCAUGCCAAGAUAGAUGUGGUGGAUGAGGAGCGAUACGACAUUGAGGCUAAAGUCACGCUCAACACACGUGAGAUUAAAGACCUGAACAUUAAGGUGUUGGACCUCAGGGGGAAAUUCAAGAGACCUAAUCUUCGGCGUGUUCGUGUGUCUGCUGACGCCAUCCUUCGCUCGCUGCUGGGCUCUAAGCACAAAGUCUCCAUGGACCUCCGGGCCAACCUCAAGUCUGUCAAGAAAGAGGACACUGAGAAGAAGAGGCCAGUCGAGGACAGCGACUGGAGGAAGAAUGUGGAGGCCAUGUCAGGGAUGGAGGGGAGGAAGAAGAUGUUCGAUGCUGCUAAGGGUCCCGCCCAGUGA